GGCAUCUCGAGCUUACACAAACAAAUUUUUGACAAUUGCGCGCAAUUUUUUUAUACAACUGACAGCAGAAUUCCUUGAAUGGACUAUUUUAUUUAAAACAAUCUUUGUGCGUAGAUGGGAAAUCAUAGAAUAUAUUAAAUUACGCAUAAUACGGAAUAGCAAAUAAUAAAAUACAAUAAACACAUUAAAUAACGCUAUUAAAAUGAAUCGGAUUCAAAAACUCUUUGAUCGCCAACAGGGCAUUGCUAAUGACUACACAUAUGAUUUUGCUUUGCCCAGACUAUGUGUGGCGAAAGAAGAUAGUUGGAGAGGAAUAUUACCUUCUACGUAUAGUUCAGACUACAAUCCAGAACCGCCAAUAUUUUCAGCAAAAUUCGCCAAUUGUGAUAAUUAUAGACAUAUGUUGGCGGUCGCCAAUGAAGAUGGUAAAAUUGCACUACAGGACACCACGAAAAAGAACGAAGAGCUAGAAGAAAGAGCUUUAAAUGCGCCUCAGUGUCAUUAUAAUGCAGUUUUUGAUUUGGAAUGGGCGCCGGGACAGAUGAAAUUUGUUUCUGCAUCCGGUGAUCAUACAGCGAGUCUGUGGCAGGUUGAUGAGCAAGGUGAAAUACGUAAUAUACGCUCAUUCGUUGGGCAUACACGCUCCGUAAAAACUGCUGCAUUUCGAAGGCGUGAUCCAUCUGUUUUUGCUACAGGCGGGCGUGAUGGAGCGAUUAUCAUUUGGGAUACCCGUGCUAAUUUAAAUGUCGAUCUAACACCUCGUGCAGAUAACUGUAUAUAUAGUGGGCAUGUGGGUGGACCGGGUACACCCAUGUCUCAAAAAAAGCGUACACGUACACCAAAAAUAACACCCAAUACCACAUCGAGUAGUAUCACAGGUCUUGCUUUUCAGGAUGCCAACACACUUAUUUCUUGCGGUGCUGGUGACGGAAUUAUAAAAGUCUGGGAUUUGCGACGCAACUAUACGGCAUAUAAAAAAGAGCCACAUCCAAAGCACAGCCUGCCAUACGCUGGCUCAAGUACAUUUAAAGGAUUCACUAAUUUGCUAAUAGAUGAAUCAGGUUCUCGGCUUUUCGCUAAUUGUAUGGAUAAUACAAUAUACUCAUACAAUCUGUGUUCUUAUUCGCCGAAACCUUUAGCACGAUAUAAAGGUCUGUUAAAUAGUACAUUCUACAUAAAAUCAUGUCUUAGCCCAGAUGGAAAGUACUUGUUAAGUGGUAGUAGUGAUGAGAGAGCUUACAUAUGGAAUCUUAAUUAUCCCGACGAACCCUUGGUUGCACUAUGCGGCCAUACCGUCGAAGUAACGUGUGUGGCGUGGGGAUCCACACACGAUCGCCCAAUUGUGACUUGCAGCGAUGAUGCACGCCAUAAAAUAUGGCGCAUUGGACCUGAACGUCUCACAGAUACCGAAAAUAUGGACUCAUAUCGUGGACACGCAGAGUAUGUACGCAAUUUUGGCCGAAAGUCGCAAGGGUCCACACAUAAAUACAAUUUGCGCGACCUUGAAAAUACACCACGUUCAUUGAAACGUUUAAUGGAACAAAAUGAACGUACACCCAGCUCAGUCGAAAAAGUGUCUACGAAACGUUCUUUCCUAGAAAUGCUUGGUGCAGUCGCAGUCGGAGAUGAAAGUGAAGGGCAAGAGCCCAAACGACCAAAACCGCUAGAGUCUCGAGGUCGUCGUUUAUUUAGUCCAUCAACCUCUAGUGCGGCAACCACCACGAAUGUAUCACCACAAACACGUUGCAUUAAUUUACAACUUCUGCCUAUACCUGAAGAACUCAACACAUCACCAUCGAGUCCAACAACAAGCCGACCAACAACUCAUGCACAUAAUAACGACAGUAAUCAGGAAAAUACAUUAGAAUCUACCUUGCCAUAUAUAUCAAUGAAAUGUGCAUACCCGACGAUAGCAUCCCCGCUUAGUGAACGAGCUGUGAUUGAAAAUCAUAAUAUCAACUAUACUUCACCACCUAAUGCGGCAACAACCACAACAAGCACAACGGUGCAACAGCAAUCAUUAACUUCAAUGAUUUUCUCGCCCACAUCAAACCUGCCCAACUAUGUACUCGAUGGUGAAGCGCCACAUUUAGGUAUAAUGUCUCCGAAACGUAAACACAAAGAAAAAGUUGACUGGUUAACGAAAAUAAGAAAACAAAAACUUAUGUCAACGCGUAAUGCUACCGUAACUGAGAAAAUAACUGAAGACUGUGCUGGCUUGCAAUCCCCAAUAGCUUCCACGUCGUCCCGACUACAUAAUUUACGAACAUCGGAGGCAAGUCCGCGCCUCUCUGCUGCAUCACGACGUCGAAUGUCAAGCGGUACACGUGAUACUCACGUGCAAGACUCGCCUUCAACAUCCAAUCAACAUCACCCGAAAACACCCACAUCGAGUCGUCGUAAUAGUGAAACUACAAUAUUGAGAUUCUUUAGCAUACGUACCCAACACCAACGUGACGCAACAGAGUCUACUACGUCAGCGUCAGACGCAGCAGAAACACUGAGGGACUUACAACCUCUCCCACAAUCGCCUGCCACAUCGAAUACGCUUGCUAUUGCCGAUAGAGGCAUAUUGCAUGCGAAAAGUACUACUACAUGUAAUGAGUAAUUUUAGUAUAUUUAAGCUUAAUUUUGAUAAUUUAAAAAUAAAUCACUUGCUAUAUUGGUAUUAAGAUGAGCUUCGGUUGUGCCUUAACUAUUGCAUAUACCGAUCGAAAGAAGUGGUGAAAUCGCAGUUAUAUACUUUUUAAAAAAGUUUUUUAUAUUAUAUAUAACAUAUAUUAUUAGUAUAAUUUAGUUUUAAGUGCAACAGAUGGACUUUUCUUAAGUAAAGUAGAAAGUUACUUAAGACAUACCUAAAUAUGUAUAAUAAAAAUCCUUUAUCUAAAA